UGUUUUACCUGGAUACAGGACUGUCAUAGGGGUGGUGCAGUAGCUUUGUGUAGAUCGGACUAUGGCGCCGGAAUAAACUUGCCACCGAGAUGCAGUCGAAUGCGAUACAGUGGACGGCAAGAGAGUACGGUCUGAAGGAAUUCCUCAGAAAAUUCCGAACGUCUUUGUCUAAAGUUGUUAAAGUCACCGAGGGCUACCUGGGUCGGCAAGAAGUGGACACGCUUAGUGCUAGCACGAUUCUUAGGAUUCAUUGCUUAUACUCACAAAAGAGAGCCAUUGUGGAAUGCAAAAAUGGAUCGAUCCUGUCAAUCCCUGUAACCCUAGAGUCAAUGAUGUUUAAUGUAGCAGAUCAGAAACAUAAAACAGGCCCCUUUACAAUGAAGGAGGUGUUGCUAUACUUCAACUUGCCUGUCACUGUCACGUCUACAAACGACCUAACCUAUAGAGAAAUGAACAAUCCUGGGUCAAAGGAGCAGCAAUUAAAACAGCUGAUUGUCAAGCGGACAUAUGAACAAGAAUUUCUACUGGGUCAUCCCAUAAAUGACAGCGGAAAAUUACUGAUUCGGUAUCCUACUGUGAUCCCAAUGUACAUGAAGGAAAUUAAGUUGGUUAUAGCAGAGGGAAUUAACAGUAAAGAUGAGACGGAAUGGAAGACACUCUGCGAUUGUUAUGACAAGGUUGUCAAGGACAUUGGUAACUUGGACCAUUUCAUUUUCACAGACAUAACUUUGCUGGACAAAGAUAAGCUGGAUCAGUACACAGGAGAAUAUGCUGAAAUAGAACCAAUAUAUAUUGAUCUGAACCCACAGAAUCCAGGAUAUAAGUAUCAGGUAAAACAGCCUCGGCAAAGCCUAGCAGAAGCUCCAAACGACAAUUUAGUUCAAAGUCAUGGAGAAAAUAAGCCACAGAUACCCCCAAAACCAAACAGAGAAACAGGCUCCUCUUGCCUUGUUGCAGGACCCACACUAAGAAUCAAACCAUUGUUCAAGACCUCUCGCAGAUCAAGCUAUAUACAAAAACAAAAAGCAAAACGCAUCGUCUCUAUGAGUGAGGUUCCAGAUGACUUACAGCAUUUGAAUGUGGAUGAGGUCUGUGACUGUUUGAAUUUACUCAAUAUGGGAAAGUACAUUGAGACCUUUCAGUCACAGCAGAUUGAUGGCCACUUGCUUUUUGAUCUAGACAGAGACAUAAUGCAGAACACAUUUGGGAUGAGCAACUUCCACAUCCUCAAAAUGAUACGUUUCCGUGAAGGUUGGCGACCAAAGUAACUGAGAAUGGUUCCUUCUAGCAACAUUGCAAUAAAGCACACUCUGACACUAUGCUCAAUCAGAAAAUUUAAAAUGCUAGCAUUAUAUAAUUUUAUGUCCUGCAUAUUUUUGGUGGACAAACAGCAAAUAUUUGUAAUUAUUGCAGUGUGAAAAUCUGUAAAAUAAGUAUAGCAAUUCUGAAAAUGUCAGCAAUAUUAACAUUGUCAAUGCUACCAAGCAUCGCAGCUCAAGGGUUAAUCUGAAAAUGUUAAUAAAAGUAAACCAGUUAUACAUUUAA